UUUCACACAUUAGUAAUUAAUUAUAGCAUUUUAUUUUUUUUUGGAAAGUAAUUAUAACAAUUUAGAAGGUAUGUUUUCAAUACGUGGCAACCUCAAACAUCUCAUUCUUUCACUCCAAAUCCAAAAAUGAUAACCUUGAAUCUUUGAUCAGUUUCCUACUCUUCUCCCUCUAUACUCAAUAUCCCAAAAAUCUUCAAACUAUAAAAGCACCGAACCUCUUACCUCUCAGUUAUUGAGUUGAGUUUCUAAAUGGAGACACUAAAUCUAUUCACCCCCACAUUAGCCAUAUUCUUCACCAUUUUUCUACUCAUAUAUCUAAUUGCUUACUUUGUCCUUUGCCACAACUGGGGUCCAAAAAAUAUUGCAGAAGCAACAAGCUGUGUAAUCUCUCUGGUUCAUGGAACACCAGCUGUUUUAUUAGCUCUAAAUGCACUAACCAAAUCCCAUAUGCCACUUUCUUCUUUUGCCUCUCCAAACACCAAUUCACAAAACAUUGUGCUUGACUAUAGCAUAGCUUACUUCUUAGUUGACCUUAUUCACUACAUAGUCUUCUUCCCAACUGAUAUUCUCUUCAUAAGUCAUCACUUGGCCACCCUUUAUGUGUUCAUGACAUGUCGUUUCGUGGUUCACCAUGGUGCCUCAGCUCUUCUGGUACUCCUUGUUCUUGCUGAGGCCACCAGUCUUUGCCAAAAUGUGUGGAGCCUGGCUUGUUUAAAGAAGGCCUAUGCACCUGCAGCUUUAAAACUGUACGAUUUUCUUUCUCCUCGUUUUUAUGUUUUCUAUACUGUUUUCAGGGUAGUUCUUGGACCUUUGUUUGUGUUGAAGAUGGUGGUUUUUUAUCUAAGCGGGGCUGCUGAUACUUCAACUCCAAAAUGGGCAUGGAUUUCUUGGAUGGUUGUUAUAAGCACUGCUAUUUUUGUAAGCAUGUUAUGGAUUUUGAAUCAUUGGAUUGAGUGGUUUAGAGAAAAAAGACUAGUUCAGAAGGUGAAACAGAAGUAGGAUCGCAUUAUUUUAUUUUAUUUAUUAAUGAAGAGAUUCCUGUAAUUAAUGAAAGCUAAUUAGGAUUUUUGCCUCUGAAUUUUGACGUGUACCAAAUCAUGUCCCCUGCACUUUUAAGGUUGUUAAAAAUGCCCCUGAACUAUUGAGAUUGUUGAAUUUAAAGACUUUUAUUUAAUUUCGUUUAAUUUUAUUAUUUCAGU